GGAUCUAGUGGUCGAGGGCUGCCUGCUGUAGUCGGGCGGGCCGGUGCAGAGAGCAGCGUGGUCCAUACUGUGGCUGGCUGACACCCGCCGGGGAAAAAGUUACUCUGAGUUCGCGGACACACUGCCAUCAUGUCUGGAGAUGACGAGACACAGGAGCAGACCAUCGCCGAUGACUUGGUGGUCACCAAGUACAAGAUGGGGGCAGAGAUUGCGAAUCAGGCUCUGAAAAUGGUUGUUGGGGCAGCUUUGGCUGGAGUCUCUGUGCUCAGCCUAUGUGAAAAGGGAGAUGCCUUCAUCAUGGCAGAAACUGGGAAAGUCUUCAAAAAGGAGAAAGAAAUGAAGAAAGGUAUCGCUUUUCCUACUUGUGUGUCAGUCAAUAACUGUGUAUGCCAUCACUCCCCCCUGAAGAGCGACCCUGAUGUCAUACUGAAGGAUGAGGACCUUGUCAAAAUUGAUCUAGGUGUGCACGUUGAUGGCUUCAUCUCAAAUGUGGCUCACAGCUUUGUUGUUGGAGUGACCAAGGAAAAUCCUCUGACAGGACGGAAGGCUGAUGUUGUUAAAGCAGCUCAUCUCUGUGCUGAGGCAGCUCUCCGUCUUGUUAAACCAGGAAACCAGAACACACAGGUAACAGAAGCCUGGAACAAGAUUGCAAAGUCAUUCAAGUGCGCCCCUAUUGAGGGCAUGCUGUCCCAUCAGCUCAAACAACACGUGAUCGAUGGGGAGAAAACGAUCAUCCAGAACCCAACGGACCAGCAAAAAAAGGACCACGAGAAGGCUGAGUUUGAGGUGCAUGAGGUAUAUGCUGUGGACGUGCUGCUCAGCACUGGAGAGGGGAAGGCGAAAGAUGCAGGUCAGAGGACCACCGUUUACAAAAGAAACCCCAACAAGAUGUACGGGUUGAAGAUGAAGGCAUCUCGAAUGUUCUUCAGCGAGGUGGAGAGACGCUUCGAUACAAUGCCUUUCACUCUGAGAGCUUUUGAGGAAGAAAGCAAAGCCAGGCUGGGCGUGGUGGAGUGUGCCAAACAUGAGUUGGUGCAGCCGUUCAAUGUGCUGCAUGAGAAGGAGGGUGAAUUUGUCGCUCAAUUUAAGUUCACCGUGCUGCUCAUGGCUAAUGGACCUCUGCGAAUCACAAACAGCCUCUUUGAGCCAGAACUUUACAAGUCUGAGCAUGAAGUGGAGGACCCAGAGCUGAAGGCCUUGCUUCAAAGCUCAGCCAGCCGAAAGACCCAGAAGAAGAAGAAAAAGAAGGCCUCAAAGACUGUUGAGAGCGCAACAGGACAGGCAGUGGAGACUGAAGCAGCAGAGUAAAUUUCACUCUGCAAGAAAUUCCGACCGACAUCUGAUGGCCCAAAGAACAGACAUUAUGAAUCCUUCAGUCCCAGCUGUCUGAGGCACUUGCUGGCGUUGCCGCUGUGAAUACCUCUGAAUCUAAGUGAUGUCAGUCUGGGAUGAUGCUGCUCCUAAAAUCUGUCACCCCACCUAAAACACACUCACAUGUGUAUUCCUAAUAAAUCUCACAGCCCUUCAAACAGCCUUCUUUUAUUAAUAGGGGACACCACUCUGUUAUUAAAGAGGAUGGUUUUUGUAAGGGAAAUAAUUCACUGGAACAUUGAACCAUUUGACUGACCUUGGGCCUUCGUCCCUAUGUCUCCCAUUAACUGUAGUAAAAGAAAUGAAAAUAAAAUGAGUCUGACAGAGCGGCCGAGGAUAAUGAAUGCACAACACUGUCAGUGUAAUUGUAAGGGAUUUUCUUCCUUGAGGUCAUAGACCUUUCGCCAUGCAUUUUGAAAUGAGUGUUGGGGGCAGAAAUGUGCAACAUUGUCUUGAACCUGGGUUAUCAUGAAAUUCUUAAAAAUUUUUGAGUGUGGCAUUAUUAAUAUAAAUCACCAGUGAACUCAGCCUAAUUACCACAUUUAUACACCUUUUGCUUAGAUCCAUCUGCGAGUAGAUUGUGUAUAUACCUUGAGGCAACUACUGUAGGUUACUCAGCUAACAGUUUGUAAAACUUAGUCAUUGUUGAGUGAUUAAACUAGUGAAAAUGAAUUUCUUUUUUCAGUUGUGGUCUAAUUCCUGCCAAGGGUUCAACAUUAAGUCUUCUGGUGCCACCGCUGAGUCUGACAGUCUGUGUUUACAUAAGAAGUCCAUAUCUGUUAGAUAUAUGGAUACUUUUGUAAAACAUAUCCCAGUUUCAGAGACUAUUUUUGGAAACAUUAAAAAGCCACCUGACAUCA